CUCCACACAGUCCACCCUCCAAACCCCCCUCCCCCACCACCACAGUCUGACCCUUGUAUACAACCCAUCCCCAAUCCCCAAUCCCACGAGAACCGGAAAGGAAAAAAAAAGGAAAAUGCCCAAAAAACCCCCACCACCAACCACCAAACCCAAAACCAAACAAUCAUUCCCCCCCAACCCCAUUGCAUCAUCAACUACCCCCAAAAGCAUCCCUUGGCCACCUCUCCCCCCAUCCCCCAAGAACCCCUACUACUACCCCAGCAAACCAACCCUCCAGCUCCUCAUCCCCAACCAAGCCUACAUCAUCCCGGAUUUCUUCGCGGCCCCGCUCUGCAAAACCUACACCAGCUUCCUCGCCGCCCUGCCGCUGGUGACCACGCCGAACAAGCCCAAGAAGGGGGACGCGGUGCGCGUCAACGACCGCUUCCAGGUCCAGGAUGACGGGUUCGCCGCGCAGUUGUGGGAGUAUACUAGUCUCCAGCGGUGUGUGACGGGAAGGACGAAUCCGGUGGAGGAGAGGUUGUAUUCGUAUGAUGAUGAUGAUGAUGAUGAAGACGGGGAAGUGACUCGUCACAUCGAUAGAGAGGAUGACGAUCCCAGCAAGAAUGGGAUGUGGGGUGGGGAGCCAUUGGGGUUGAAUGGGAAUAUUCGGAUCUAUCGGUAUACUAAGGGCCAAUUCUUUGAUAAGCAUUACGAUGAUUCCAACACCCUUACUUUCAACACGCCAGGGCAACCGGCCAGGCCGGCGCGCACAACAUGGACCCUGCUCAUCUACUUGACGGCCUGUGAGGGCGGAGAGACCAUCUUCUACCCGGAGCCCACGCGGAAGGACCGCAACCCCCAGCCGGUCGCGGUCAAACCCGUGCCGGGCAUGGCGCUGCUGCAUCGACAUGGCGAGCAUUGUAUGCUGCAUGAGGGGGCCGAGGUCCGGAGCGGGGAGAAGUGGGUGUUGCGAAGUGACCUGGUUGUUGCGCGGUGA